GUUUCAUGAGUGCGUUUUAUUUCGAGUGAUUUUCUGUUUCUGUUGCUGUGGUUCUUGGCUACUGUGAUGGCGUCGGCGUCCUGGCUGCUGUGUAGUGACAGGCAAGAUGGCGUCAGCGUCCCUUGUCGGUGGUAAAAAAAAAGUUCUUUUGCCGUUACCGGCUGCUAGAGAUCCUGAAUUGCUGAUCUUUAGCUAUUUAGCUAUAUUAUGGCACAUUUGACAAACUUUGGAAAACGGAGUAGAAAACAUUCUGGAAAAGGAAUCCAUCGCCCUAUUCUAAAGUAUGAUUCAAACUCAGAGGAAUCAGAUUAUGAACAAAAACGUCGGUUGUAUAGAAAUCAUGCUUCGAACAACAAUUGUUCCCAUACCAUUCUUCUGGUUGUCGCAGUCAUCGCUAUUGGAUUUGCUUUUUAUUUUGUAGGGAAUUCAUUACUAGCGGUUCUUCAUAAUCAACCGAUGCAAGUGAUGUCAACUUUCGAAACAGUUGAUAAACCUGAGAUAAUAGUGGAUCCACGCACCGUUGUCAACCAUUUGUUUGAUCGCGUCAGUGAAUAUAUCAAGCUAGGAGCUCAAUUGCAAUAUAUCUCGAUCAUGACAAAGGCUCCACGUGACAAAAUUGUUUCCCCUGGAUGUACGUCACCAGGGGAAGGAAUGGUCCAAUUAGUUUGUGUGCAUCUGAACGAAGAAGUGGAACAGGAUAUCACAGAAAUGUUUGACAAUUUUUUAAAUGUUUUCUUGAGCCAAGCUCAAAAAAUUCCCAGCUUCGUAAAAUUUGAAAUCGGUCAAAAGUUUAACGAGGUUCAAUCAGGGCUACUCCAGACACUUGCAGCUAUUGAUUUUACAAGAGAAAACAUUGACUUUGAAGAUAUUUCCCGAAUAAAAUCAAUAAAAAAUGCAUUUUUGGAAGCUAUCGAUAGUGAAAUGCAAGCUUGUCGCAACCGUCUUGAAAAGAUGUCCGGUGAUAGUUACAAUAAGCGCAGCAAAGCCAUACUAGAAACGGAGCUGCAGGUGCUUGCAACAACAUUUCAUGAGAUGACCAAGCUAAGUGAAAGUGAUUUGUUUAGUAAAGCUCGUGAAGCAGUUCCUUUUGCACCUGGAUUGACAGUUUUUGGAAUAGUUUUAAUUGUCAUAAAAUGGAUUUUCAUUUUAUUCGGCGUUGCAUGUGCCAUUAGCCUGUCCCAUUUUGAGUGGCCGGCUGCAGCAAUGACGUCCGUGGACGCCGAAUCUAACACCAACGCCGCCGCUUCACGCAAACGGGUGUGA